CAUCGGGAGUAAAGUGGCCACACGGUGUGCCAGUCCGUCCAAGCAGUCGCUUACAUCUCAGAUCCGCCGCCGCGCAGAAAGCCCGUCUGCCAAGUCCUGUCCACUCCACUUGGUGACGUGCAGAGCCGAGCGCAGGCAGGCCACUUACAGACCGGCCCACAGCCGCUGCCACUGCACUGUGCUGCUCCUUUUGCUGUAAAAUGCAACAGCGGUCUUUGCGGGAUAAAGACAGCAUUCAUACAUAAUCAGCGCCGGAGCGAAACAAGGACAGACGCCGGGGGACAGGAGCAGCGAGCGGCCGGUGGAGGUGUAGACAGCAAUACUCAAAAGAUCUAAUUUGUCUGUGAUGAGCAUCCCCAUCCACAAGAGACCAAAGGUACGGCCUGCCCCUGUUGUUCCCUCUGAGAGGAAGAGGAAGUGAUGUCACGCCACCACCAUCGCUUUGAGAGGGACUACCGGGCACCCUGGGAGCGGAGAGACAUCCGUCCUUCUGGCCUCCACAAUGGAGGAGCCAAUCAUAGCUGUGCCUCUGCCGUUGUCAACGGCAACAACCGUCCGGGGCUCCUUCCCCUCCCAGUCAUCCCCUCCCUUCUUCCAACUCCAGUUACAGUUGCCGUGACAACAUCGAGCAGCGACUUAGUGGUCAAGCGAGGCAUCUCGGCAGCAGGAUCGGUGGCUCCGGCAUCAGCCAAGGUCUCCGGACUGUCUCCCGGAGACAGCCAGGCCCCGGGACUGCUGCUGGCUCCAGGCGUGAGGUGGGGACAGACUCCUAUAAACCAGCUCACACCGUGGGAUACAGAUGAGCCCCCUGCUAAGCAACAUCGAGAUGCCGAGCCCACCGCUCCAACCUGGCCUGCACCGGUGGCGGCGGUGAGCCAGCCCAGUCUCCUGUCCCACACCUACGCCCUCCCUCAGCCGCCUUCUUUCAACCACAGUGUGACCGCGCAGUCGCCCAUUAUAGGAGUAACCCCAUCCAUCCAGACGCCGGUGCCCCCGCAACACCCCCUCAUGACCGCCCACUUCCAGUUGACACCGCAGUCGACCCAGCAGCCGCCCUCUAUGGUGCUGAGCAUGCCCAGCCAGCCUCCGUACGCCUCAGCCCAGCCGACGGUCACACCAUCCGCCCUCACUGCCCAGGCCAACCCGGUGGUUCAUCCAAACGCUCACAGCAUGAUUGGCAACGGCCACUUAACCUCUCACCCCAGCCUCAUCCAGCCCCACACCCUGCCUCUUACUAAUGGACAGGCGGCGGCAGCAGCAGCGCAUGGCCAGCAGACGGCUGCCGACAAUCAGGAUGGUCCCAACGGGCUGCAAAUGCUGCGGACGGUUGGGAGCGGGAAGUACGAGUUCAGCGACCCCGGACAUCCCAAAGAGAUGUUGAAGGAGUUGAACCAACAGCGCAGAGCGAAAGAGUUUACAGACCUGAAAAUUAUUGUUGAAGGCAAAGAGUUUGAAGUCCACCAAAAUGUUCUAGCUUCCUGCAGCUUGUAUUUCAAGGACCUGGUGAAAAGGUCAUCGGGAGAGACGAGGAGCAGGGAGAUGCUGGAGCUGAACAUGAGCAACAUCAGCGCCGACGUGCUGGAGCUGCUGCUCGAGUUUGUCUACACGGGGUCGCUGGUCAUCGACUCGGCCAAUGCCAAGACGUUGCUGGAAGCUGCCAACAAGUUCCAGUUCAACACCUUCUGUAAAGUCUGUGUCUCCUUUCUAGAGAAACAGCUGACUGCCGCUAACUGUCUGGGAGUGCUGGCUAUGGCCGAGGCCAUGAGCUGCACCGAGCUCCACAACAUGGCCAAAGCGUUUGCACUGCAGAAUUUCCCAGAGGUGGCAGGCCAGGAAGAGAUCCUCAGCGUCUCCAAGGACGACCUGAUAGCCUAUCUGUCCAACGACAGCCUGAACACAAAGGCCGAGGAGCUGGUCUAUGAGACCGUCAUCAAGUGGAUCAAACAAGACCCCAACUCUAGAGUACAGCAUUUGUCAGAGCUGUUAGCGGUGGUGCGUCUUCCCUUCAUCCACCCGUCCUAUCUGCUGAACGUAGUGGACAACGAGGAGCUGAUCAAAUCUUCAGAGGCAUGUCGCGAUCUGGUGAACGAAGCCAAGCGUUACCACAUGCUGCCUCACGCACGGCAAGAGAUGCAGACGCCGAGGACCCGCCCGAGACUUUCUGCUGGUGUAGCAGAGGUGAUAGUUCUCGUGGGAGGGCGUCAGGCUAUCGGGAUGAACCAGCGCUCUCUGACAGCAGUCACCUGUUUUAACCCCCAGAACAGUAAGUGGUACCCACUGGCCAGCCUGCCCUUCUACGACCGCGAGUUCUUCAGUGUCAUCUCGGCGGGAGACAACAUCUACCUGUCAGGUGGCACAGAGUCAGGUGUGAUGGUGGCUGAUGUGUGGUGCUACAUGUCUCUUUUGGACAACUGGAAUCUGGUGUCCCGGAUGACCGUGGCUCGCUGUCGACACAACAGCCUGGUGUAUGACGGCAAGCUGUACACAAUCGGCGGACUGGGCGUAUCGGGGAACCUGGACCACGUGGAGAGGUACGACACCAUCACCAACCAGUGGGAGACGGUUUCUCCUCUCCCCAAGCCGGUCCAUUCUGCCGCAGCCACCGUGUGCGGAGGGAAGAUCUACGUGUUCGGAGGUGUGAAUGAGGCCGGGCGCUCGGCGGGUGUGCUCCAGUCCUACGUACCGCAAAGCAACACCUGGAGUUUCAUCGAAUCGCCCAUGAUAGAUAACAAAUACGCCCCUGCAGUGAGCCUAAAUGGAUUUAUAUUCAUCCUGGGAGGAGCCUACGCUCGAGCUACCACUAUCUAUGACCCAGACAAAGGCAACAUCAAGGCCGGUCCCAACAUGAAUCACUCUCGGCAGUUCUGCAGUGCCGUCAUUCUGGACGGGAAGAUCUACGCCACGGGAGGCAUCGUGAGCAGCGAGGGUCCAGCCCUCGGCAACAUGGAGACAUUUGACCCUUGCACCAACACUUGGACACUCUUGCAGUCACUGCCCUGCCCGCUCUUCAGACACGGCUGCGUGGUCAUCAAAAAGUAUAUCCAGAGUGGCUGAGGGUGGCUCGGACUGGGUCGCACUGGGUCAACGCUUAACACCAGCUGAGCUCCAGUUGUGGGACGAUGUGUGACAGCAGCUUCGAGACGGGCCGAUCGCUCGGUCGGCGACCUCUGGACUUGACGCCAGCAUCCAUCCACACUGUUGCCCCACACCUGAAGAUAAAGUCAAAUAAAAACGCCCUGUGCAGAAUGUACUCAUGUUUAACUACUCAGCCAUGUCAGGUGACGAUUCCCAACCUCCAGUACUGUAUGUGUCAUGGUAGUAGUUCAUUCUCUCUCAUCAAACAGGCACAGGGUCCCUCUUAGUAAUUUGAAAACUCCAGGUUUUUAAAUGAAGUCUGUUUUUUCCCCUCUGGUACUGCCUUUUGUUUUUUGUUUUAAAUGCAUAUCUCUGUAAACUCAACACUUUCUUCAUUUCCUUUCAUAUAAUCUGACUCAGCUGAAAGCCAUUGCAGGUCCAGAUUCGUGUCCCUUUGAGUAAAUCACACGUUAACAGGCGUAGGUUUCGUAGUCAUGCAUUCGUGAAAGUUUUUGUGGCGUACGAACGUUUUUCCAGUAGCGACAUCUGAAGGACAGGAGGGAAAAGCGACGGGAAGCAACGCGACUGUUUUCCUCUUUAUCAGUGGAUCAGAUGAGUUUCUUCUUUCUCCACUGCAACGAGAAGCAAAGUUCCAACUGUGCGGAUUUAUGGGGUAACUUUAAAUCCAGAUUCUGAACUCUGUGUAACCCGGGCCUUUUUAAUGGCUCUCUAAACAUUGGAAAAAACUAUCAAAUCAGGGUCAGGUUGGAUUUAAAAAGGGAUUUCUUCCCCCCUCCUUUGUUCUUGUACAAUUCCAGUCUGAUUGAGAUAUCAUCUGGAAGGUGAGUGGCUUUUUUUCCUCCCUUUAUUCACACUGACUUGCUCUCUGGGACAAAGACAGCACCACACUGAGAGAGAGAAAGAGGGAAUUCCUUCUUCCGCUGGCGUCUGAUCAGAUUCAAGUUGGGACAAUUCCUCCGGAAAAAAAGCACAAUAUUCACCCGCGACUGUUAUCAUAGAUGUUAUCUGUUUAUCCAUGUUUCUUCUGUGUUUCAAGUUCCUCCUCCCCAAAUCCGCUUGUUUUAUACAAUGUUUCAUUGCAACCCGCAAAUUAUGUCGGGUUGGUAUUCUGUAAAUACAGCGAGGAAAUAUGUAUAUUUUAAAACCUGAAGGCAAUUCUGUAUAAAUGUUUUUAGAAAAAAAAAAAUGGAUAGGCUGGAUUGAAAAUGGUACGUCUGUAAAUCUGUACCCAAAAAGGAAAACUUAACAAUUGUUAUUAUUGAAACCUAAUACAUAUACCAGAAUAUGAA